ACGAUUCUCAAGUCGGGAUUUUUUUCGCGUAUGAACAUGAGACGAAGUGUGAUUUUUAGUGUGAUUUAGUGUGUUUAGUGUGAACUUUAAAAGAGGGAGCAAGAUUUUAGUGUUGUGUUUACACGCGUGUGUGUGGAUGUUUUCAUGAGAGGAGGAUAGAAAGAAGAAAUGUUCAGCACCUCAGACACUGCUGACCGUAGGAAGAGAUGACUCAAGUGAGCAGCGAGUCGUGGGGCCAGGUUGCUGGCCAGGGGCCGGUGGACCUCUGGAGACUCCAGUCCUCCCAGCUACAAGUGGAGCUGCUGACUCUUGGAGCCAUCAUCCGCUCAGUGCGCUGCAGGAGCAGCAGCGGUCACAUGGAGGAUGUGGUCCUAGGAUUCGACCACCUGGAGGGUUACGUGUCAGAUCGGAGGUUGUUCGGUGCCGUGGUGGGCCGUGUGACCAACAGGAUCGCACGAGGACGGUUCAUGGUGGAUGGAACAGAGUACCAGCUGGACCUCAACAGUGGCCCCAAUGCUAUACAUGGAGGUCUGCAUGGCUUCAACAAGGCGAUCUGGCGAGCCUCCGCAGUGGAUGGUGGAGUCCAGCUGAGUCACGUAAGUCCUGAUGGAGAUCAGCGAUACCCCGGAGAGGUCCAGGUGUCGGUGACCUACCUGCUGCAGGGGGAAACCCUCUCUGUGGAGUUCCACGCCCGCUCCAGCCGUACCACUCCCAUCAACCUGACCAACCACUCCUACGUCAACCUGGCGGGGCCGGACGCUGUGGACAUCUAUGACCACCAGGUGGCGGUGUACGCCGAUUCCUACCUGCCAGUAGAUGAAACCUCAGUCCCAACAGGUGAGAUAAGGUCUGUGCAGGACUCGCCCUUUGACCUCAGGAAGCCAGUGGCCAUCGGCUCUCAGAUGAAGAAACUUCCUGGCUCAGGAUUUGAUCACAACUUCUGUCUGUGUUCUCCUGGUGACCCCUGGAGCGAGAGAGUGGUUGCUCGGGUGAGUCAUCCUGCCAGUGGGCGUGUCCUUCAGGUGACGACCACCCAGCCUGGACUGCAGCUCUACACGGCCAACGUUCUAGAUGGAUCUGUGGUUGGGAAGUGUGGCCGUGGAUAUGGCAAGCACAGUGCCAUCUGUCUAGAGACCCAGAACUGGCCCGAUGCUGUCAACCAGGCAUCAUUUCCUGACACUCUGCUCCGUCCUGGCGAAGAAUACCAUCACGUGACUCGCUACACCUUCACUACCAUGUGACCCGGUGCACCUGCUGUGUGAAUGCUGACUCCCGGACCAACCUUUCUGAUCUGAGACGGAAACUACAUGAAGACACUUUUGAGAUGGAAAAUAAACCUAUUCUCCUGUGU